ACCAGACGAGACAACUUGACAGCCCAUCACCAAUUGACUUUCCCAACACCAAGAUGCCGGGCACUAUUGAUACUCACCACCAUCUUAUUCCUCCCCGCUUCAAUGAAUUGUGGUUCGCGAACAUUGAGAAAGCCCGAGGUCUCCAUCUCCCCUCCUGGUCGAAAGAAGGAACUCUUCAGGUGAUAGACCAAGUCGGCCUAGGCACUGCCAUUCUAUCUCUCGGCCACCCCAUCCACCCCUACGUUGAUGACCCCGCCCAAGUGGCCCCCAUCUGUAGAGAGAUCAACGAAUACACAGCCAAGUUCCGUGAUGAGCACCCUAGCAAGAUAGGGUUCUUCGCGACGCUACCGCCGCUAGACGAGCCGGAGGCGUGCAUCGGAGAGAUUCAAUAUGGGCUGGACCAGCUCAAGGCGGACGGCGUCGUCAUCUUCAGCAGCUACACGGGUCGCUACCUCGGCCAUAAGGACUUCCGCGCCGUGUGGGAGGAGCUGAACCGCCGCGAGGCCGUGGUUCUCAUCCAUCCAGGCUUUGAGGGCAUGGCUCCUAUUGAGGAGCCACGUCUUUUGGCUGCGCCCAUCAUCGACUGGACGCACGAAACAACCCGGACCGCCGUUCAUCUGAUCACCACCAACAUUAUGCGAGAUUUUUCCAACUGCAAGGUCAUUCUCUCCCAUGCCGGCGGAACUCUCCCGUAUAUUGUCAACCGGGCCGCCAACCUCUGCUGCCGCCUUCGCAUCGUUGAUAAGACGGAGGAGGAAUUCAUUGAGGAAGCUCGUGGGUUUUACAUUGACGUAGCGUUCAGCGGUCACGAACCCCAGCUGCGACUGUUGAAGGAGUUUGUGAAACCCGGCCAUGUCCUGUUUGGCAGUGAUUAUCCAUGGGAACACGGGGAGAUCAUCAGUGAGCAGCUGGCCGCCACUGACAAGGUGUUUGCGGAGGAGACGCGCCAGGCUGGUCUGAAGCUUUUCCCCCGACUUGUUCAAUAUCAGUAG